GUGCGCGUGACUGCGUACGGAGUUUGACGUUUCUAUCAAAAUCACUGUUACUCGACGAGAACGUCGAUGAACCGUGAAAAGGUGUUUCCAGAACGUUUUUGAUUUAAAUAAUUAUACGAUGAUCCACGAUUACUCGAGCGAAUUACUAAAAAAUAUCCAUCGGGAUAUUUCUCCACCGGAAGUCGGUACCAGCUUCCUGGUCCGUGGGGAUUACGAAUAUUGGCAUUACGGUUGCGAUGGUUUUAACGAUAAGGGAUGGGGGUGCGGGUACAGAACCCUACAGACCAUUUGUUCCUGGAUCAUUAUGAACCGGAAGUUGGAUCAAUCUGUUCCUAAUAUCAGACGUAUACAGGAGAUACUUGUGAAGUUGGAAGAUAAAGAAGAAAGUUUUAUUGGAUCUAGAGAAUGGAUUGGAAGUUUCGAAGUGUGCCUGGUGUUGGAUCACUUGUACGAGGUUCUCAGCAAAAUAAUUCACGUUCCCAGUGGGAGAACGUUAUCGGAACAGAUACCGGUAAUCAGGGAGCACUUGGAGAAAUUCGGUAGUCCAAUCAUGAUGGGAGGUGACAGAGAUUGUUCCAGCAAAGGAAUACUAGGCAUCCAUCAGGGUGUGAAGAAUACUUACAUGCUAAUCGUCGAUCCGCAUUUCAUCGGCAGAGCAAAAGACCCGGAACAAUUGGAAGUUAAUCACUGGGUGAAAUGGCAGGACACCAAGAAUUUUCUAGAUAGCUCUUUCUACAAUCUAUGUUUACCUCAGAUUAAAUGUACAACUAGCAACAAACAGGAAGAUUAAUGAAAUGUAUAGAAAAGAAGAAAACAAUUUUUAUCAUAAACACAUUUUAUUUAACUGAAGACAUCACGUUUAAUAUGUACACUAUAGAUAAUGGGAAAUGAAAUAAAAUAUUUUGAAGUAUUCUAAUUCAA